AUGUUGGGCGGUAGAAUCAUCUUAAUGCAAGUUUCACCAUGUCUCGUUGCGCUACUCCUCUCUAUCGCUCUCAUCGCUCAUUCAUCAGCUGGUCUAGAGAAGCCUCUUCGCAGCCAACACGAAGACUCCUUCACUGUCGAUUCGCAUCAGACCAGAAAUGGCCAUCGCGUGAAUUUUUACAAGGGCUGUCAAGGAUGGACCAUCAGUGGCGGUAAGAACAUGACAGGCCCGUUCCUGUGCCAUGGUUUGUUGUGCGCUCAAGACUUUGGGGACCUCGUGUGGUAUUGGACGGCACCAGAGAAUUUCACGAGGCUUCUUAAUGAAUCUUAUGGUGGAAUGCUUCGUGUGAGGUCCGGCUUCUUCGAGAUCCAGAGAAGCGAGAUGGAGAAGUUCUCGGGCAAUGGCAGGGAAAGUGACGUUGCGAUCAGGGGGGCAUCGGGCGCCUGUAUCUUCGCCUUCCAAGUACAGACUUAUGGGGAGUACCUGCUGGACCGAUCGUUGCCAUUGGACGAGAGGUACGAGUGGAAAGAUGAAGAGGGCGCAAUCGUGUCUCCUUACGUCAUCGGAGAGACGCUGAGAGGUGCCGUUGAGCUGAGAAUCCGGGGAGGGUACUACCCUGGUGACGAGAUCGCCUUCCUCCAAUCUGUUGAAAUCCUUCUGCCCAUUGAACCCGCAGCACCAGAAGCACUCGAACAAGCACGUAUCGACGAGGACAGUCCUCGGGUCGAAAUAACAGCAGCCGCAUCAUCGGAUGAGCGACAAGCAGCUGCGGGGGAGAUCGGAGGAGGCAGGGCGUCUGCAAGCUCAAACUUCGUCGUGGACGCUCGCACGAGCACGCAGGCUACGAGCUUUGCCGUAGCUGGCCGAGCCUCAUCCUCAGAGGAGCCAAAGGUCGCACGAAAGCAGAAGAAGUCGGCUGAAGAAACACAACUGCAGGCACAAGGGAACGAAUUGAAGAGGAUGGGAGGGGAGGCGGAGAGAAGACGGCAAGGCUUGACAACAAGAGAGCGGGCUGAGGCUGCCAGACUAUCGACUGCUGAUUCUCAGCUCCCCCCUCACAUCUGCGGGGACAGGCGCUCGAGCUCCUUCCCCGCAGAGCUCGAGAGGUUCAGUGAGGAGCGGAGGCUCCUGCUGCUCGACUGCAUUGUCGGAACCGCCUCUUCCUUUGCUCUGACGAAUUCGAGCCUCUUGCACAGCAUGGAGGGCAGAGUGGAAACGAUCCCUCUCGAUAGCAUCUCAAGCUUGACAACCAACAGUGAGGGCAAGAUCAUCUUGCUCGGCCGCUGGGAGGAGGAGGAGGAGGAGGAAGAGCCGGAGACACUCUUGACUGGGCCGCACAUCUCCACGUUCAACAUCGUCUCCAUGGCGAAUUUCUUGGAGCGGGUACACGAGGCCAUCAUGUUUAGUUAG